AUGUCUACCUCGGGCCAAAAGGUCACCUUCCUGGCCUGCAUGCUAGGUGCUGUGGCUAGUAUCGGAGGCUUCAUCUUCGGUUAUGUCAGUGGACAAAUUUCAGGAUUCUUUCUCAUGAACGACUUUGGCCAGAGAUUCGGUACCCCAGAACCCAAUGGAAAAUUCUCCUUCAGUGCCGUCCGCCAGGGCACAAUCGUCGGUCUUCUCUGUGUUGGAGCUCUCUUCGGUGCGCUCGCCUCCGGUAAAAUGGCCGACGCUUUUGGUCGACGCCUCACCAUCUCCCUGUCUGCCUUCUUCACUUGUAUCGGUACCGCUAUUGAGAUCUCCUCCCAAUCUUCCUGGGCACAGUUUUCCGUCGGCCGCUUGGUUACAGGUCUCAGCAUUGGCUCCUUGUCCGUCGUCGUCCCCAUGUAUCAGUCAGAAAGCGUCCCCGCCUCUCUUCGAGGCGUUGUUGUCUCAUCUUACCAGCUACUCAUCACUCUCGGUAUCUUGGCUUCCGAAAUGGUCAACUGGGGCACUGAAUCGAACCCAACGAGCAUGUCUUGGCGAAUUCCCAACGGGCUGACCUUUGGUUGGGCCGUCGUCCUCGGCGUGGGCAUCCUGUUCCUUCCCGAAAGCCCUCGAUAUGCUUGCUCCCAAGGCAAAAUUCAGGAAGCCCGCAAGACUAUUGCCAAUCUGGCAGGUCUUGAUCUGAUGUCUUCUGAAGUCUCGGGCCAAAUUACCGAUAUCCAAGACCAGCUGGACGAAGAGAGUAAGAGCGCUGAUGGCUUCAGCUGGACAGAGAUCUUCACUGCUCCUCGCAUGUUCUACCGUACAGUUCUCGGAAUCACUCUCAUGGCCGGACAACAACUCACUGGUAUCAACUUUUUCUUCUAUUUCGGCACCACUCUCUUUGCUUCCACCGGCAUCAGUAAUAGCUAUACGACCAUGAUCAUCUUGGGUUCCGUCAAUGUCUUCUGUACCAUCGUCGGCCUUUGGAUUGUCCAACGAUGGGGCCGUCGAUCUAUCCUGAUUACCGGAGCUGUUUGGAUGACCGUCUGCUUCUUGGUUUACGCUUUUGUUGGUCGUUUUGCGCUCGACCGUGAGACUCCCGCAAACACCCCCCUCGCCGGAACACUGCUUGUCACCUUUUCAUGCCUGGCUAUCGCUGCCUUUGCCGUGAGCUGGGGUCCUCUCGCGUGGGCCGUCAACGCAGAGUUAUUCCCUCUCCGAUACCGCGGAACCUGCAUGGGCCUCGCCACUGCUGCCAACUGGUUCUGGAACUUCAUGAUUUCCUUCUUCACCCGGUUCAUCAUCGAUGAGAUUGACUACUUCUAUGGUCUCGUCUUCGCCUGCUCCUGUGCCGCGCUCGCCGCGAUUGUCUACCUCUUCGUCAUUGAAUCCAAGGACCGGACCCUCGAAGAGAUUGACACCAUGUACAUCAACCACGUCCACCCCGGGGAGUCGAGUUCCUGGAGCGCUGACAAGGAUGAGUCGAACAUCCGACGGACGAGUUCAGCAUGA